AGUUCAACAUUAAAAAGUCCACGGAGCCCGUGCAGCCCCGAGCCCUCCUCAAGUUCCCAGACAUUUACGGCCCCAGGCCAUCUGUGACGGCCCCGGAGGUUAUCAACUACGCAGACUACACGCUGAGGACCACAGAGGAGCCUGCUGCAUCUGCCAGCCCCCAGGCCCCGAAUGACAGCCGCCUCAAGAGGCAGGUCACGGAGGAGCUGUUCAUCCUUCCUCAGAAUGGUGUGGUGGAGGAUGUCUGUGUCAUGGAGACCUGGAACCCAGCGAAGGCUGCCAGCUGGAACCAAGCCCCCAAGCUCCACUACUGCCUGCAGUAUGACCAGCAGAAGGCAGAGCUGUUCGUGACUUGCCUGGAAGCUGUGACCAGUGACCACGACGGAGGCUGUGACUGCUAUGUCCAAGGCAGCGUGGCCAACAGGACAGGCUCUGUGGAGGCUCAGACAGCCCUGAAGAAGCGGGAGCUGCACACCACCUGGGAGGAAGGCCUGGUGCUCCCCCUGGCAGAGGAGGAGCUCCCCACAGCGACCCUGACGCUGACCCUGAGGACCUGUGACCGCUUCUCCCGCCACAGUGUGGCUGGGGAGCUGCGCCUGGGCCUGGAUGGGGUGUCCGUACCUCUGGGGGCCGCCCAGUGGGGGGAGCUGAAGACUUCAAUUAAGGAGCCUUCUGCAGGAGCUGGAGAGGUCCUUCUCUCCAUCAGCUACCUCCCGGCGGCCAACCGCCUCCUGGUGGUGCUGAUUAAAGCCAAGAACCUCCACUCCAACCAGUCCAAGGAGCUGCUGGGGAAGGAUGUCUCUGUCAAGGUGACCUUAAAGCACCAAGCUCGGAAGCUGAAAAAGAAGCAGACAAAACGAGCCAAGCACAAGAUCAACCCUGUGUGGAAUGAGAUGAUCAUGUUCGAGCUGCCAGAUGACCUGCUGCAGGCCUCCAGCGUGGAGCUGGAGGUGCUGGGCCAGGAAGAGGAGGGGCAGAGCUGCGUGCUGGGCCACUGCAGCCUGGGUCUGCACGCCUCGGGCUCUGAGCGCAGCCACUGGGAGGAGAUGCUCAAAAACCCGCGCCGGCAGAUCGCCAUGUGGCACCAGCUGCACCUGUAGCAGCUUCCCAGUCCACCUUCCUUCUCGGGCACAGCCCUGCCCCUUCCGUCCCAGCUGUCCUCUGUGACCUCUUCUUUGUGCCACAUCCUCAUAAUGACACUCAGAAGACAGACAUCUUUGCAAAGACCAGGACCCCAUUCCUCUCUCAUCACACCCCCAUGUCUGAACAAUGAGCAGGAGAGGGCAGUGUGUGGACAUUUGGGUCACCCUGGGGAAUGCAUUUUGCUGAUCUGUGUCACAGAAGAGACACUUAGCAAAUGCAGCCCGAGUGCGGGUUUUGCGGGGUGGGCAUGUUAGUCCAGAUGCAGAGAAAGCUGAGUUUGGGGAAUAAUGGAUACAAAGAAUGUGUUUUCUUAAAAGUGAGCAUUUCAAAAAUGAUGAAGAAAAUAAAAGUAUCCUGGAUCUACUCGUAGAAUUGGAGAUUGUUAGGGUGGGUUGACAUCUCGGCCAGCGUGAAGUCAUGCUCCUGAACCAGGCAGCAGUAGUCCAGCAGUUCUCAAACCCUCAGUGUGAAGAAAUCACCAGCAGACAUUCCAAACUAGUGUUCCUGGCUGGACCCCAGGAGCCUGCCUUUUAACAUGCAUUGGUGGUCUGGAUGCAGAGGUUGGAGCGCUGUGCCUGGAGGAAUCCCUUCUACAACAUUCCAGACAGGUUUUCACAGCCAGUUCCAGUACUGGAUGUCUCAACCAUCAGUGUGACAUUUAGAAGCCUCUAGGUUUUUAAUUUAAUUAUUUUAAUUCUUAAUAUUUUUCAUUUGUGCUUUUCAGAUCCUGCUCUUGGACUGAAUUUGUACUUUUUAUUGAAUAGCUUUAUUGUUUUAUCUCAGAAUCAAUUUAUAUUAUAUUUUGGGGGGACCUUCCUUGACAGUGUGGGAUCCCACUGUUAGUUAUUGGGCGCUAGUUGUCACAUCCACCAGCAUCACCAAAGUGACCCUCCAAGAUAGUCCCAUUGCUUCUAGCAGUCCAGCCACUUCAGGAAGAAUUCAGUUUGGGACACAUAUUAAUUUAGUCUAUUAUGCCUGGCUCUGUGGAGGUGGAGAAGGAAGAUAAAUAGGAAACAAAGACUUUUACAAAUGUGCCUCCCACUUCAGUUUUCAGGGCCUGUCGCUUU